GAGAGGAGAUGGGGCAGCAAGAGAGGACAGGAGAAGAAGAUGAGUCAGAAAGAGAAAUAGAUGAUGAAGACCAGAGAGGACAUGGGGGGCAGCGUGAAAUAGGAGAGACUGAGUUGAGGGAUAGGCAGGAGAUGGAGAUAGAGGCACAGGGAGAGAGAGUAGAGAGUGAGCGAGGAGAGAUAGAGGUACAGGAAGACCAAGUGGAGAGACUAGAGAUGGAGGAACAGGAAGAGAGAGUAGAGAGUGAGAGAGGAGAGAUAGAGGUACAGGAAGACCAAGUGGAGAGACGAGAGAUGGAGGAACAGGAAGACUUUGAAGAGCUGGCACUGAUGGAGACAGAGAAGCAGAGAGAACAGGCAGAGGAAAUGGGGAAAAAAGAGAUUGAGGCAAAGAAGAAAGUAGUAGCAGCAAACAGGAAGUCAACUGUCAAGAUUUCAGCGAAAAGGACAAGGAAAAGAAGCCAAAACAAUGAUGAUGCUCACCCGUAUCACAGCACACUGGACAUUUUCCCAGUGCAAUAUGUGUCCAAGACACGUGAAAAGAAGAUGCGCAGCUAUACGGAGAACAUUCUGUACGACUGUAGCCAAAAGGCCUGGCCCCCAUCUUGGGAACCGCAGGAGAACACCAGAAUGACUGUAUCGUAAAGGAAAGUCUGCUAAAAAUACUGUUGUCUCAUUGAUGGUGCAAAGAAACAAAUGUUGUGUCCCUUAAACUGGGCCAUGUGGACGACAUUAGAGUUGUAUUGCACAG